GUGGUAUCGUUCGUACUAAACGCGGGAUUGACGUACGCUUUUGAUGGCCUAGAAUGCCACACGAAAUAGAAAAACUUGUUCAUGACUGCUCUUCAUGUCAAAGGGCAGACAAGAGCUCAAAGCCGAUUUCUUCUCCUCUACGACCAUUGACUAUCCUAUACGACCGUGGGCCAAGAUAGCUCUUGACAUCAUGGGUCUAUUUAGCUUAGCGCCUCAGCAUCAAAGAAACUGUUUGGUGGCGACAUGCUUUUACAUUAAAUGGCAAGAAGUUCAUUUUUGUGGAGAGGUGACUACUGCCAGCAUUAUUCGAUGGCUGAAAUACAUGUUUUCCCGUUUCGGAUUACCAGUGGAGAUAGUGACGGACAACGGGCCGCAGUUUACAAGCCACGAGUUUCUUUCGUUCAUUCGGCUUCAUGCUAUCCGACACACGUACAACGCCGUAUAACCCAGAGGCAAACGGCAUGGUAAUGUGGUUCAAUCGAUCCUUGAAAGAGAGUAUCCAAACUAUUCGUUUA